UCUUUAAUCUAAAUUCUAGUGGAUACUCAAAGAUUUUGGUUACUCUGGCAACGUUCCAAUUGCGUUUGUCACGUGAUGCAUUGAUUCUAUUUUUAUGUCAAGUUUGUCCUUCAACUGGACACUUUUUUGGUGAUUUUCUUUGGGAAUUCUCGUCGCUGUGGGUUGAAAAUAAAAUAAUCCAAAAUGGUGAAAAUGGGAAUAAACGGUUUCGGCCGUAUUGGUCGUUUGGUUCUCCGAGCCGCUCUGUCAAAAGGUGUCGAAGUAGUCUCAGUGAAUGACCCUUUCCUGGAUGUUGAUUACAUGGUCUACCUCUUCAAGUUUGACUCUACCCACGGUCGUUACAAAGGUUGUGUCAGCAGUGAUGGAAAGAACCUGGUUAUCAAUGGAAACAAAAUUAAGGUUCACAACGAACGGGACCCCACUAAAAUUCCAUGGGGUGAAGAUGGUGCAACCUAUGUAGUAGAAUCAACUGGAGUAUUCACCACCAUUGACAAGGCUAAACUCCAUUUAUCUGGUGGUGCCAAAAAAGUUAUCAUCUCUGCUCCAUCUGCUGAUGCACCAAUGUAUGUCUGUGGUGUCAACCUAGAUGCCUACAAUCCUGCAGACCCAGUUAUUUCCAAUGCUUCCUGCACCACCAAUUGUUUGGCUCCUCUCGCCAAGGUCGUCCAUGACAAUUUCGAAAUUGUUGAAGCUCUUAUGACCACUGUACAUGCUACGACAGCUACCCAAAAAACUGUAGAUGGUCCCUCCGGAAAGUUGUGGCGUGAUGGUCGUGGUGCUGGACAAAACAUCAUUCCAGCUGCAACUGGAGCUGCUAAGGCUGUAGGAAAAGUUAUCCCAAGCCUUAACGGAAAACUCACUGGUAUGGCUUUCCGUGUACCAGUAGCCAACGUUUCUGUCGUCGACCUGACUGUCCGUUUGGCUAAACCCGCAUCUUAUGACCAAAUUAAGGCUAAGAUCAAGGAAGCAUCUGAAGGCGCCCUUAAAGGUAUUUUGGGAUACACCGAGGAAGAAGUUGUGUCUUCCGAUUUCAUCUCUGAUGAUCACUCCUCCGUCUUUGAUGCUGCCGCUGGUAUCCAGCUGAAUGACAAGUUCGUCAAACUCAUCGCCUGGUACGACAAUGAGUUUGGUUAUUCCAACAGAGUCGUCGACCUCAUCAUGUACAUUUCCACCAAAGAUUCUUAAAUUUCUACUCAUUAGUCGAUGUAUUGUCGUUAAAAUAUUCAGGUCUUUGAAAUUAUCCUCAAAUAUAAAUUCAUAAUGUCUUUAAUGAUUUUAUAAAUUAUAUUUGGGAGUAGAUUUCCUCUAACUUACAAAAACAAGGAGAACAAUAAAAUAUAAUUUUAUUACUGAAUUAUAAAGAGGGCUAAAUAGUAGUCUGUUGUCAAAAAUGUUGAAUGUAUCUUUAUUUCUUGUGCAAAAUUUUUAUUUAUCUUUAGGAAUAUACAUGUUUAAAAAAAAUGGUUUCGUUUGUCAUCUAUAUUUUCCUACUUUCCACAGUCCUUUCCUUUUUAAACAGGUCUCCCUAACAAACAAUUGGUGUCACUUAGGUAAAAAACAUGUGUAAUAGAACUACAUUGUCACAAUUUCGAUUUUAGAUUUUGUUACUGCUAUCUGUUUCUAAGUCUUAUCAUUACGAACAUUUGGGAAUGAGAAUUUGUCAAUUAUGAAAAGUAUGUAAAUUUAAAUAAUUGAUAAAAAGUAAAGUUUGUAAACCAUGAUUGUUUUUUUGAAAACCAACAAACAAAAGUCAUAAACUUUUUGAAAUUUCAG